GAGGUUUGCAUUGCUUCUGGGUUUUAAUCCAGGGACUCGCAUCUGCCCCCCUCUGUUUCUUUGCCUUUCCUGGUUUCGUCGGAUAUCGAUUCUUGGAAUUCCUUUGGACCUUUCUUGAUCGUCGGUCGAGCGCUGUAUCCCUCGUCCGACGUAUCGGUCUCGCUCAUCGGCGAUCGCCUUGGGCGCAUCGGGGAAAAAGUCAAAUUUCUAGACCCCCGAGCGUGAAAUGAUUUAAAGUCAAAUUGCAGCUAUUGGGUUGGGUUUUGGUCCUCCUUUUUUUUUUUUUUUUUAAUGGGUCGCCUUUCCCGAUCGAUUGCCUGAAUUUGGAUUGUUGGGUAUUCGUCUAAUCAUCGGACGGAACCGGCUUUUGGGAUUUCUGGGUCUGCGUCUGCUUCUAAACUACGUUAGUGUUCCUGUUUACCCGAUUGUUUGGUGAGCUGGGGAGAGAGGAAUUCAAAGCUACCCCCUCGAAGUCGCUUCUGGGGUGUUUCGAAACCGCAUGAAAAUCGGAUUUUGAUAAUCCCUGAGGACGUUUGAGCUUCCGGAAUACUGACCCGAAGCUGUUCUUCCGGUUCUUGGCCUUGCGACGUUCGAUUCUUGGCCGCCUGAGUUUGAGCCAUGGCCAUGAAGUCUGACUCUCUGGAUUUUUGGAGGCAUUACUUUAGGACCGCUAGCUGCGAUAUAUUCGAUAUCAUCGACCGCGCGAUCAUGGUGGCGGCCUCAGAUUGCCCGAAGGAGUUCAGAUUGAGGAGGGAUCGCAUCGCGGAGAGGCUGUUCACGUGCCGGUUGACCCGGUGUUCGGGCUGCGAGCGGGUCGAGUUGGUGGUGCCGGGUGGGGAUGAGGAUGAUGGGUUGGAGGGUGGGAUUGCUGGGGAGGGGUGUGACUUUGAGGCUGGUGGGAGCAAAGAGAGCAAAGUGAAUAGCAGUAGGGAUGAUCAUGGUGAGUUGUUCAUGAACCAAGAGAGCAAUUACAGCUACGGAGAGGCUGAGGCACUCACCGAUGUAAUGGAAGAGGAGUCUCAAAUUCUUGCAGAGGUCCUGAGAAUCAAAGAGAUUUUGCUCAACAGUGAUGAGGAGUCUGGAUCAGCGCUUUACGAAUCGUUGAGGCGGCUCCAAUUGAUGGCUCUAACUGUGGCUAUAUUGAAGACAACUGGGAUUGGGAAAGCUGUUAAUCCUCUAAGGAAGCACAGGUCAAAGGAGAUCAGUCGCCUUUCUCAGACUCUUAUUAUGGCGUGGAAGACUAUGGUGGACGAGUGGAUGCAGGCUGCGCCGCCUGCUGGGGGUACCCCUGAUUCUGUGAACCCGUCAAGCGAUGAUGAAGAAGAGGAAGAGGAAGAGGAAGAAGGACUUCCUUCUCCGCCUUUGGAUGAGGGAGCGUUUUUCACUCCUCAAACUUCUACAAUGGAGCUAUCUCGGUUCUUCGAUGGCAUGGAUGACGACGGAAAUCCUCGCACUGGCGGAGAAUCUGCCAAGAACCGUGAAAACGGAAGAAAGCCGUCCCAAGAGAAGCAAAAUGUGAGCGAGCAACGAAGAGAGAGAAAGCCAGACAGCGUGAAAGACAGUCUCAAAGAUAACAGGAGUCAACAUUUGAAGAAGCGAGAAGACGUUAUGAAGCCAAAUAGACCCCUAAACACUAAUGCUGGGCAGGCUAGACAUACAAAUCUCAAUGCAGAGCAAAAGGUCAACAAAGAGUCCAAGCUCCAGCCGAGAAGAUUGGAGAAGGCUUCUGCACAGAGGAGAAUGGUCGGUAAUCAGAAAGAUGACGCCAAGUAUUCAGAAGAAGAUGCAGUCCAAAUGAAACUUGAAGCUACGAAGAGGAAGCUCCAGGAAAGUUAUCAACAGGCUGAGAACGCCAAGAAGCAGCGGACUAUACAGGUAAUGGAUUUGCAUGAUCUCCCGAAACAGUCACUUGGCCAUAGAAAUCUACACAUGAGACCUGGGAAUCAGAACAGGCAUUGGGCAAAUGGAUGGCGCUAGUUUGAAAUUUUUCCGCUCAUCGUGCUGGAGAGCCUUUGCAAGUACUUUCCGUCAUGAAAGCUAGUGAGAGAUGACCGCUAACGACACCUGAUUGAUCAUGUUGUUGAUCAUCGAAUGCUGCUGAUCGAGCUUUCACGCAGCGCAAGUCUCAAGAAAGCUUUGGGAUUCCUUGGUUCAAUAUGACAUUCCUUGAGGUACUUAGAAUUAGGAUUUUACCUUUACGGGUUUCCAUCAGAAUUGGGAGGUGUAUCUGACUUUUCCGGUAAUUGGUUGGAUCGUGACCAGAAAGACGAUUGUAGAGAACUCUAAUUUACGUCAUCCCGGUCGACAUGUAUAUCUACUGGUCUCAAACAUUUGUUCUCGAUUUUCUUCUCAAGAUGGGGAGAGCAUCGAUCGUGCCUUUUGAGCCGGCAUGCAUAGAGAGCUUUGCAUAGAAUAAAUCCAAAUUGGAGGAUAACGUAUGAGUUGUGAACUUCUGUUUAUUGCCCAUGUUCCAUGACAAGUUUGGACAUUCUUGAUAUGCAGUUACAUCGCUUU